CAAAGAUGGCAGGCGCUUGCCUUCUCAGUUUUGCAAUGUCAUGUUCAUUAUGUAAGUUUUAAAGAAGUAAAAAACUUUAUCAAGAUGUUGUAAAUGUCAUUUCAGAAGAAUUACUGUUUUCUCUGAGAUACGUGUGAAAAUCGCACUUGGUAAACUGGACUCUCUAGAUCCUCUUUCUGAUGUCAGGAGUUAAACAGGAGGGUAUGGAAGAGGGUUAGUAGCAAAUUUGAAAGCCACUUUGUGUGACUAACGAAUACAGUGCCUUUGGGAAAAUUUGGAGUUGAAAGGAGAGUUCAAGAAACGAACAAAGAAAGCAUGUCAAGGAAUGCCGAGGAAACCAACAACAUGCUGGAUAGAUGGGCAAAAGUUUUUGACAAAAGCCUUGCAAAGCCAGUACCAAAGACAUUAACCCUUAAAAGGUCAAGCACAUUGGAGUUAGAAGAUGUUCAAGAAGAUGUUAUUGAAGACAUUGACAUAGACGCUGGCCAUGUGCUGGCACCUCCAAUACAUCAAGAAAGCAGAAGUACUUUACAUGUGUGUUCAAGACACGGAAGGGAACGCACAAAAAUCCUGGAGCAGAAACCGGUCAAACCUUCUAAAUCUAUCCAGCCCAAACCAGUUAAACCUGUUAGACAAACGAGCUUUCAUGCACCCACUCCAAAAGAAACAUCUGCUGUAAAAUCUGGUAACAGAGCGGAAACGUCGGUGCAGCCUGCACCUAAACCAGAAAAAUGUCCUCAACAUGAAGUGAAACAGGAACUCGUUAAGGAGCUAUCAUUGGACAUUGGACCGUUACUUUCUUCAUCCCGCCCUAAGAGACAAAAUUCUUCCAGUCAAAGAAAGCCCUUGGAAAGAGAACGCGCCACAGAAUCCGUUAAACCAGCUGUGCCGGGUGGGGAUCCAAUCACAUUGGAGGUGGCCAAGGCCCUCCGUGUGUUAUUAUUUGGUACACCGUACACGUCUUUCAACUCUGACUGGAGAAGACAGCAUAUCAACUUCUUUUCGCACAAGUCUUACGCUCUAAGCUUCUAUAAGUUGGGGCCUGACGGGAUCAUGGCAUGUUUGCAGGGAUUCCUGUUGAGAUUCUUGUUGUACGACCAGCCGUCCAUUGAACACGUGAAAAGUAUGUUGAGACCAAUGUCGCCUGACCGUCAGAAGGCACUAAUUACAGCCAUGACGAAGAUCCUCUGGCAAGCAGGAGGCCAACAGCGCGCAACGGUAGUACUGCCGUGCGGUGAGUGUAACUGGGCGACAAUGGACGACUACAGAGAAGAUCAGCUCACGGAAAAGCUUCACCAGUUCAGAUUUACCGAGUUUUCCCAACUGGAAAGGUUCACGAAGAAGCACUUAUCAUUUUUUGAAAGCACAAACGGAAAUGGUUGCAUUCUGUUUUUGUAUUCGGUUAUUCUGUCCAGAUCAAUUGAAAGGGUAACUGAGGAUCUAGGAGACCCGAAUUCCACUUUGAUGGGUCUUCACGACUCAUGCUCUCAGGCCAUGAUUAGCUUGAUGCUAACUGGCAGAGCAGCCGCCAAUGUCUUUAACGGUGAUAUCGAGUUCAAUAAAAGAGGACGAAAACUGCCCCAUCCGCUGAAUGGCAUUAAAGGUCGGAGUGAGAUUGGAUUUUUAUCUCUUGAAGAGCAUCUUGAUCCCAAAUCUUUUCAGGUUGGCAGCAUGCUCAAGACUCCCAAGUUUCCAGUUUGGGUGGUGAAGACAGGUGAACGUUACGGCGUGCUGUUUUCACUCAACAAGGAACUCGUUAAUGAUUGGAAGCUCGAGAGGAGAUUUGAGUUGUUGUACUGUACUGGAUCAGCUAAAAGAAACAAUGGUGCAGACGAGAGUGUAUUUAUUAUAGAUACGAGAGAUAUUUUCAGCUCCGAUGACGAAUUCGGGGAGGAACCAUCUGAGGUGGAACACUGUUUAAGAACCAAGUGAGUUGACUCAGCUCUUGACACAGAAGUCAGUCGCCGUGAUAAACUACUCAGGAUAUUGUUAUGUUGGCCGGGGGGGCACUGGGUCAGUUACGAGAGCACAUCUGAUGAACCAUUUGACCCCUAAGAGCGAUAAGCAUCUGAAUUCUCCCAACAACAUCACCCUCGAACCAAACAUUAAUGUUACGAGAAUAAAGGAAAUGAUCACGAA